ACCUUAGCGCGCGAAUCGCCGAAAGCGAUGAUUCACAGAGUGACAAAAUCUACCCUUUUUUACUAUUAUUUCUAUUAAAAACUAAUAGAAAACUUCAAAAGUGUCGUGUACAAGUGUUUUAGAAACGUGUUCUAUAAGUUUCGCACGAGAAUUUAGUGUAAAACCUGUGACUGCAGAGGUUAAUAUAAACUUUCGUCAAAGUGUAUUGUUAUCAUUUUUUACUCGAAAUAAGUGUACAAUAAUGCCGCAGGGGCUCGCAAAAGGGUUUACCGAUUAAUCACCGAAAACUUCAAAAUAAAUUCCGGAAACAAUGGCACAAAGAGAAAACAAGAAGAUUCACUAAUGAACAACUAUAAAAUUAAAAUGAACCCACACACUAUUGACUUUACAAAAUCACCACUAUCACCAAUCUACACGCCCACCAAAAGAAGAAUACUAGGAGAAAUACAAGUACCGAAAUCACCAUUAGACCGACUGAAAUCACCCCUCACAAAUUCACCUAAACCUUUCAAAUCACCGUUACAAGCUAUUAACUCACCGUUACUAAACCGGUCAUCACCGUUUCUAAAUCAAUCACCGUUCUUAAACCAGAAUUCACCGGUGACAAAGAACUCACCGUUGUCAACGAGGGUUAAAAGGUCAAGGAUUACCAAGGUCAUGGAGGAACGGACUCGGUUCAGGAUGUCGAAUAAAGAGAAUGAUGCUCCGAUGAUGAGUGAAACAUUCAUGAAGUUGGACGUUGAGGAAGAAACAAGAGAUUUCCUGUUCGGUGAUAGAUUUGAGGCAACGAGAGAGAAAGUUACUAAUUGGUCGACUACUAAGCUGGAUUUCACGCACGCUCUCCCAAAAUCACCAAAACAGGACCUCUACGUACCACAAAAGGAAAUCACCCAAGACCUCGACGAUUUUGAGACCCUCCACGAUCUAGAACAAGAGUUCGAAGCGGACAACUUCGAUGAAUGUUCCAAAUACGAGAUCAUAUCCACGGAUAGUCCCAAUAUCAUAUCUCGGGGACGUACAUCUUCUUCUAGAAAGGUCACAUCAAGGAAUUUUGUCUUCGGAGCUCCUUUAGCUGACAAUGAAGCUUCAACCAGCUUUAACAAGCCUGCAGUCACUGCCACAAGAAUGCUGACCUUCGAUGAAGAGGAUUUCGAAUUCCCCUCACCGGCAGUCAAAAAACAAGCUGCUAAAAAAUCCUUAAAAUUCUCCGAAACACCGACUAAACUAAGACAUGAGAAAAGUGACUCAAGUAUCGGAUCAAUGAGUCAGUCACCAUUACCAAAAACCGGUUUAUAUACUACGGAAUCUACAACAUCUAUGGAAAGCGGUUUCAUAUCAGAAUUGGAGGAACCGUUUUUGGAAAUAGAAGAAUCAAAUUCACCAAAAGUAGCAAAUUUCAAUGAGUUACUCUCCGGUCAAAUUAAGUCUAACGUUCUUAGUGAAAAGAGCUUUUUAAGAAGACCGUUGAACCGUAGUUUAAGUUUCAACCCUGAGAGUAAGGCGAGAGUCUCUCUAUUCUCUAUUCUAGAGAGUCCGAAUGUUGCUCAGAGGAAUAAGAAGAGAGUAGACCGGAGUGAGAAUGAGAUUGCUGUUAAGAGAAGACGGUCUAACUGCCAGAGUCCGGAGUUGAAUAGACUUAAGAGUAGACCGGUGUUGCAGAGAGCUUUUUCUGAAAAUAAUGCUCUGAUUAUGUCUGCAAUGGCUAGAUCGAUAGUAGAGCCGGAUUUAAUAGGCGAUUUCUCCAUGCCGUACGCGCUACCGCUCACCAGUGGCGACCACGAGGAUCUGAAGAGCAUCUCCUGUGACACGCUCGCUAAGCUGCUGAGGGGAGAAUAUAGACAUGUUAUUAGUGAUUAUCAGAUAAUAGACUGCCGCUACCCCUACGAAUUCGCGGGAGGACACAUAGUAGACGCUGUCAACUACUACACACACGCACAAGUGCACUCACUGCUCGACCGACCACCAAGCAACAACACUGACCGUCCAUCACCAGGGACGGACACCAGGGUGAACACUGAUCGUCCACUAGAAAGGACGGACAGUGGGAUAGACAUUGAAAGUUCUUCGGGGAGAAUGGAUAGUGGGAUGGACAGUCCAGUGGGAGGAACGAAAAGGAGUGUGUUGGUCUUCCACUGUGAAUUCUCGUUGGAACGGGGACCUAAGCUAGCCCGCUACCUCCGUUCCUCAGACCGUGCAUUAAACAGGGACCGUUACCCUUCACUCCGCUACCCCGAGAGCUACCUGCUAUGUGGAGGCUACUCCGCAUUCCAUCGCUCACAUCCUGCACUCUGCGCCCCUGCUGGGUACACGCCCAUGCGGGACCCGAGACAUGCGCAGGCACUAAGGGAACAUCGCGGCAAUAGUGGGAGAUAGACGAGCAGGAACCAAGACCCUGACCUACCAACAUUACAGGGAUCAAGACCCCGACCUAACAACUAACAGGGACCAACAUCCCUCCUUCUAAAAUAACAGGGACCAACAUCCCUCCUUCUAAAAUAACAGGGACCAAGGCCCCGAAGUACCAAAUUGUGAAAUAGAUGUGGGUAAAUGAAACGUGUAACAACGUCGAAAGAAUAAUAAUACUAGAUAAAUAGGGGUUAAAAUUGGGGGUCCUAUGUGGGUAUUUUGAAGGAUAUACAUUGCUAAAUGAACAUAAGAGGUAAUAGUGCUAAAUGCAUGUGUAAAAAGUUAUUUCACAUUAGCAUUAGAAAAGCUCGUUACGUCAUUCAAACGAUGAUUUUUUUUCGAAAAAAAUUCGAGCGAUAAAAACUGCUAGUGUGAACAACUUAGUACGAAAUGGCCAAAUUGUCAGAAAAUAAACUCUCCAAGUACAUAAACUAUACAAUUUGAAGCUAAAAUUCACUCAGACUCUCGUCAAAUAUCUUUGCCAUUUUGAAUAUUGAUAGCUAAUUUCACAGCGGCAAAGAUAUUUGACGAAACUAUUUGCACUGAUUCUGACUUUUAAAAACAUUUAAGGCAUUUAUAAAACCGCCAAAAAAACGUUGUAAAUAUCUCGCGAAAUAUUACGUUUUGCUUAUUACAAAGAUUUUUUCAAAAUUUCUAACGAAUAUAUAUUUUUUUGGAAAAUAUAAAUAUGAAACUUAUAUCUGAUUUCGUUUAUAAGUAAUUGUAAAUAAAAGAUGCCAUAUUAUUUUAAUUUUUAAACGAAUUAAGUUAUUAGUACAAAAUUACUUAUUUUUUGGGGUAAAAGUGAGUUUUGUAUGCAAAAAAAAUUACUGACUUUCAGACAAGUUUUCAUACUAAAACAUCUUUUUCAUACUAAAAGUCACUCUUAUACCAAAAUUCAAUAUAAAAAUAUAGUUUUUAGUAAGAAAAUUAUCUCCCACCUCUUUAGAUUAGCUCUAGUUUAAGAAGUUUGACACUGCAAUACAUACUAAAAUAUUUUAUUACGAUUAAGACGAAAAUUAUUAGUUUUUCUAGACUUUCGCUACAUUUUGGUCUAGAUUUUUAUAUAUUCGGGGAUUUUUUUGUUUAACUUUUACGUAUUGAGUAUAGAAUAAUCAAUAUUCAAUGUAGAUUUUAAAAAUUAUUGAAAGCUUCAUUAUGAGCUAAAAAUAUAAAGUAACUUUCAGUGUUUAAUUUUAAAAAAUCAUGUUUAAUAUUGAUGGCUGUCAUUGAACAUCCUUGGCAGUCGUUACGGGUAGUCAGAACAGUAAGUCUGACACCAGUCUAACCAAGGGGUAUUGGGUUGCCCGGGUAACUGGGUUGAGGAGGUCAGAUAGGGCAGUCGCUCCUUGUGGCACACUGGUACUCAGCUGCAUGCUGUUAGACUGGAAGCCGACCCCAACAUAGUUGGGAAAAGGGUUGGAAGCUAAUACAUGUAUAAUAUUGGUUAUUCUAUACUCAGUACUAUGUAUUCAAUUUUAAUAUAAGUUUUUAAGCUUUAAAAUUUUAUAUUGUAGCACCCGAAAAUCUAAAUUUAAGUUUGUAUAUUAUUUUAGUUGAAUUCACACAAAUUGUUAGAAAUUUUCUCAAAAAAGUGACUUUGGGUAGAAUUUUUAACAAUUUUUUCUUAAAACGCGACGAAAUUUCGGAAAUUUUAAUUUUUGUUUUGAAUAUUUUUUUUCCAAAAAGAACUUCUAAUUUGCAAUAAUUUACGCUUCGAUUAUGUUUUUAGAUUUAUUUUAUUUAAAAAUAAUGUUUUCUGUUAAUUUUAAGAUGGAUAAAUUUAUGUUUUUGUACUUUGAAUGACUACUAACACUUUUAACGCGGCUUUUAUAAAAAAAAACUUCUUAAUAAUGUUUUCGACGAAUUAAUUUUGGAAUGCAUGAAAUCAAAAAGAACUGAAAUUCUUCCACAAGAAAAUAUACAAUAAGUUGUUUUUAUAAAAUCCAGUUAAAAAAGACUAUAGUUAAAAUAAGUAUUUAAACUUAAUUAUUGAAAUAAAAGAACUACUUUAGUAUUAAUAAUUUUACAUAAAAUCUUUCAAAAAGUUUUAGUUUGAAUCCAGAAACUACUCCUCUAUCUUUUUUCAACUUUACAAAAUAGUUUUUAUCCGUCAUCAAAAUUGUCUAUACCCUUUCAAAAUUAUUAAUACUAAAGUACAUUACAUACAAAUACGCUUACUAGCAGUUUUUAUAACAUUUGUAAAUAUUAAUUUUAAGCAUAAAAUAAUAAAAUUAAUUAUGUAUUGACUGUUAAACCUGUGGAGUGCCAUAUACAGCCAAAAAGUGCUUUCUGGUACGAACGGGAAAUUCAGGCCAUAUCGUCGAAAUUUAAUAAACUAAUAUAUAAUGUAUAAUUCUGUAGUAUAUAACAAAACAAAUUGUGAAUUUUUAGUUAUAUUUUUUAAAUAAAUUAUGUGAAAAUAUA